AUGACUUUCAGAGCUUCUUGUUUAGGUGCCCUCACUGGACCGAUAAACUAUUACCGUAAUGUGCCGAACGUUCGUCCGCUUGAAGGAGAAGACCGCAUAUGUAAACCUCCCACUCUAAUACUUUGGGGAGAUGAGGACCAGUUCCUCAUCAAAGAAGGAGCUAUCACGAGUCUCCAGUAUUGCCAGCACGGUCAGUUGAAGUUCAUCGAAGGUGCUUCUCACUGGGUGAUGCAGGACGAGCCCUCUCAAGUCAACCAAUUAGUGGAAGAGUUUCUUGCCACACCCAUUCGCGAACUAAUCACGCCUUCUCCGUCGAAGUAG